GGGAUACAAAAUAAACGAAAAUAAAUAUCGUGUUUAAAUAAAGGAUAUAUUGUAAUGACAAUCAAUGAAAUAAAAUGUUUUGUUAUCAAUCAAAGCCGAAUUUGCAAUUUAAGCAGAUUCCCAAGCUGUUCCAGUGGUUGCUGGCAGGCGUGACAUUCAUUGUGUUGUGGAUUGCCCUGGUACUCGGCUAUAGAGAACAGGAUGGGACCAGCACCUCCACACCAACUGUGGUUCUGUUUCUUCCAUUAUAUGUGAUAAUUACUUUUGGGUUAUUUUCCGUGGCUGUGAUAGGAUACAGAGUUGCGACAUUUAAUGACUGCGUUGAGGCUGCUAAAGAAUUACAAACAGAAAUCGAGGAAGCAAAAGCAGAUUUAAAGUCAAAAGGAUUUAAGUUUGACUGAAUGCUUUCAGUACACAUUUACACUUUUGUAUAUAUAUAUAUAUAUAUAUAUAUAUGUCUGGAACUUGGCAGGUUUCAAAAUGAUUUCAAUGCAAUACCAGCAGAUAGACACUGAUAGCAAUUAAACUUGAUGUUUAGCAAUUAAACUUGAUGUUUUUAAGUCCAGUACUCGAGAUCUGUGCACAGGAUUAAGGAAUUAUUCAAGUCAUGCUCUUGGAUAACGGGGAUUAUUGCAUGAGUGUAAAGUGUCAUCCCAAAAUUUGCUUAUCCAGUGUGCACAUGCUAAUCAGGGAGGACAAUAAACACUUUUAUGGAUUUUUUUGUGUGUACAGGAAGUCUGUUUAGGCAGAAAGUGUCGUCCCUGAUAAGUCUGUGCAGACUCCCUAAUCUUGGAACACAUUUUACAUAAAUAUAUCAAGACCUUUUGUUAUUACCAGAGCUAGACUUAAUUGUUAUUUAAAUGUUAAGCCAGGAUCUUUAUAAAAAGGGGACAAGUCUUAAUGUGCAUUGUGAACGGCCUGGAUAAAUGUGUUUAAGUACUUUGUAACCAAAACAUUGUUGACCGAGACUCAAGUGGAAUGGUUUCUUAAUAAUUGUUAUUUUACAUGUUAUCAAGUGCUAUGUACAUUGUUUUAUAAUUCUGUUAAAAUUCCCUGUAUAUAUUAACUAGAAUGAAAUCCCAUAUACAUUUUCAUUCAUUUGCAUCAUUCAUUUACAGUUUUUCCAUAUAAAAAUAUAUAUGUAUUCACAUGAUUUAGUUUUUAUGUUAAAGUGUGUAACAGUAAACAUAAAGACCUCUA